AUGGAUCUGAAGGACGGGGUAGAGGAAGAAGAAGGAGCAGGAGAAAACGGAAAAGGAGGCACACAUGCUCAAAGAGUGUCCGACACACACUUGCGCUGCCUCCCUUUUCUGGCAAGAAAGGAGAGAGAGACUAACUUUGACACCUCCAUGCUAAGCGCAGGAAUGAAUCAAUUACUAGACCUUGAGGACUACAUGUUCCAGCGGAUUCAGGGACCAGAAGAGCCCUCAGCAGAAACAUCAGUCGGAGGGUUUUGUGACGAUCGGCUCUGUCAGUAUGGGAACAUGUUUUCAGGUUACGGGGCAUGUGGAACCUAUUUUGCACCAGAAGCGCCAUAA